CAAAGUUAAACUAGAAACGAGAAAGAACCAAUCGACCUCCCGAGUGAUUACGUAGCGUGUGUAGCAGCCAUACGUAACUACAGUUUCAGUUUCAAUGGAUGUUGAUAUCGUCGAGGAUGAGGUCGAGGUCGAGGUCGAGGUUCCUGAGUAUUUUAUCUGCCCGAUCUCUCUUGAGAUUAUGAAAGACCCUGUGACUGCAAUAACCGGCAUCACCUACGACCGGGAGAACAUCGAGCGGUGGCUGUUCGACACAACGGGUACUACAACUGUAACUCCACAUUGCCCUGUCACGAACAGGCCGUUGCCCCAGGAUUCCGACCUCACCCCAAACCACACACUCCGCCGCCUCAUACAGUUGUGGUGCACCCAGAACGCCUCCCGGGGGAUCGACCGCAUCCCGACCCCAAGGGCCCCACUCGACAGGUUCCGUGCCCUCAACCAGCUCAUCAAGGACCUGAGAAAUCCCAAUAAUAACAUUCCUGAUCGGUUAACCGACACGCUCCACCGCAUGGAAUCCCUCGCGACCAAGAAUGAACAGAACCGGAAGCACAUGGUGAAAGCCGGAACUCCAGAGGCCAUGCUCUUGUAUGUCGUGGCCUGCUUCGGGAGUUCCAGAACUGCCGGUCUCAGAGAAGCCCUCAGCAUACUUAAUCUAGUCCAGAUUCCGCCAGACGAAGCUAGGGCACUCCUUUUGGCAAAUGAUCGGAUCAUCGAUUCGCUUUCCUGGGUCUUAGAGCAUGGGACCGAAAAUUGCGACAAGAGCGUUAUUAGGUCUCACGCACUCUCGGUGUUGAAGAGAUUGGUCGAUGCCGCUAACUCUUCCAUGUUAGAAUGCUUAAAACCCGACAUUUUCGGCGUGAUCUUGAGCACUAUAAGGGACUUCAGAAAGUGCUUAGCCAUGCAAGGACUUAACGCAGCUUUGCAUAUUUUACUCAGCUCAUGCCAAUGGGGAAGGAACCGCCUCACAAUGGUAGCACGCGGAGCAGUAUUCGAGCUUAUUGAGCUAGAACUUACCAUGCCCGAGAAUAGAACAACCGAGCUAAUAUUAGGAAUAUUGUUUCAUCUAUGCUCCUAUGCUGAGGGUAGGGCCCAGCUCAUCAGCCACAAGGGUGGGAUCGCCGUGAUAUCAAAGAGGAUUCUGCAUGUAUCGCCGAGUGCCGAUGACCGUGCAAUCAUGAUCCUUUCGCUCGUGAGCAAGUUCUCGGGGACACCUUUGGUGGUUCAGGAGAUGCUGAUGGUAGGAGCCGUCUCGAAGCUCUGUAUGGUGAUUCAAUCCCAGUGCGCACCAUAUCUCAAAAACAAGGCUCGGGAGAUCCUGCGGUCGCACUCGGAAGAGUGGAAGAUUUACCCUUGCAUCAAGAAAAGUCACUUGACAAGGUACUUCAUCGAGUGAUGAUUCGUCUUUCCCCCUUGCAAUGUCUGAUUUCAUCUCUUACCGCCAUGGAAUGUUGUACAUUUCAUAUGGAUUGAUUUGUUCAAGUUAAUUUUGGCAUUAUACACACACACACACAUAUAUGUAUGUAUUUCGUUGGAAUUCCAGUGAAUGAUGUCUCAAAUGUAUACCCUAACGAUAAGUUAAAUGUCUAUCUCCAUACAUAUAUGCGGAACGCAUCUG